CAUAUGGUGCAUCCAAACAAGUGUUUUUUGUUCAUCUAGUUCACGGGAAUGAUAAUAUUUAGAUUGCAUCUAAGCAAGAGUAUCCAGACCAGAAAUUACAAUCAUGCCAGAGAGUUUUGGAGAGAGACAGCCAAUUGCAGAAUCCUUUCACUCAGCUGAAGAACAUCAUGACCUAUGCAACAGAAAGCUAUCACUGUUGGGUAGAUUCCCAAAACGAUACAUUGUGGGCAUCAUGGCUUUCUUUGGAUUCUGUAAUAUUUAUGCAUUAAGAGCAAACUUGAGUAUAGCUAUUGUUGGUAUGGUGGCAAAAUACAACAUUACUAAUGAGUCUACCACACUGAUUGAGCCAGGCUUUGACUGGAGCAGUAAACAGCAGGGACUCAUUCUUGGAGCUUUCUUUUAUGGUUAUAUCUUCACUCAACUACCAGGAGGUUUUCUUGCCAAUCGAUUUGGAGGGAAGUUUUUGUUUGGUGGAGGGAUAUUUAUAACUGCAGUAUUAACAAUCCUUACACCAUUCUGUGCUCAACAGAACAUUGCUCUUCUGGUCACUGUUCGUGUUCUAGAGGGAUUCUGUGAGGGAGUUACUUAUCCCUCCAUCCAUGCCAUUUGGGCCAAAUGGGCACCUCCCCUGGAGAAGACCAGAUUGGUAGCUUUUGCAUUUUCAGGUUCCUAUAUUGGUACUGUCUUUGCUAUGCUGAUAUCUGGGGGUCUGUUUUCUGCUGGAUACAAGUGGCAGUCUAUCUUCUAUCUGUUUGGUAGCCUUGGUAUACUGUGGUUUGUAUGCUGGUGCUUUUUGAUUGCUGAGAGUCCAGCCAAACAUUCCACCAUUACAGACGCAGAACUGGACUACAUACAGUCCAGUAUAGGCUACACUGAGGAACAAACACAGAACCUACUUCCACCCUGGUUGGACAUCUUUAGAUCCCCAGCAGUGUGGGCUAUUGUUGCCGCUCAUUUUGCUGAGAACUGGGGAUUUUACACCUGGCUCACAGAACUUCCCAGCUUCAUGAAGUAUGCACUCAAUUUCGACAUACAAAAUGCUGGAUAUCUAGCAGCCCUUCCCUAUGCUGUGAUGGGUCUGGUGGUGAUGACCUGUGGUUUCCUAGCCGACUCCCUAUUGGCACACUGCCAGCUAUCAGUUGUUGCUGUCAGGAAAAUGUUCACAUGUGGAGCCUUUCUGAGUCAAUUGGUGUUUAUGGUAGCAGCAGGUUAUCUGAUGACCCCAGUAGCCGCAGUUGUUUGUGUGACCAUUGCAGUGGGACUAGGAGGUUUUGCUUGGGGAGGAUUCAGUGUCAACCAUCUAGAUAUUGCUCCACAGUAUGCCAGUAUUUUAAUGGGAAUAUCCAACACAUUUGCCACUAUUCCUGGAAUAGUCAGCCCAGGGCUAACUGGUGUGAUAGUCAGUGAUCAGCAUGACAAGAGUGAGUGGCAAAUUGUAUUUUACCUGGCAGCAGGAAUCUACCUGGCAGGGGGUGUUAUAUAUGGACUGCUGGCCUCGGGCCACAGACAGGAGUGGGCAGAGGUUCCUACAGGGUACAUGUCACAAGUGGACGAAAAUAUCAAAGAUGAUCUUUGAUGAGAGGAUAAAGGUACCAUAUUAAAUAAAACAACAAAGAGGAGGAGGAGAAAGGACACCAAAGAGGAGGGGGAUAGCCAUUUAGUAUUCACCUCAGGAUCUCUGGAAUUAUGUCAAAAUAUUGUUAUUAAAUGUGCAAUAGAAUGAGCUUUAGUGAGAAAGUAAUUUAUCUGUUGUUGGUCUGUAUUUUAAUUACAUGUAAUAUGGUAGUAAAUG